CAGUCGAUUUCAGUCGGCCGUGCGGCACACACACUCGCAACGCGCUUCUCAGCCAGCUCAACUCAGCUCCGGAUUCCGCUUGCCACCAGCUUUUGAACGCGUCAUUAAUCGCAUCGUGCGACAGGAGCCUCGAAUCAGUUUUCCCAGCAACGCGCGCACUUUUCCCGCCUUGGACCACCGAUUAAGGUCCCUUGUUCUUUCUUUCCGCCUUAUUGCUUCGGCCUGUGCGUUUGCAUUUUAAUGUUUGCUUAAGCAUUCCGUUGCAAAAUCCAAAAUCCGGUCAAACCAAUCCCGGCGAUAAGAAAGUACAUUCCAAACGGAGAGCUCAACGCGGAAUUGUUCGACACAAAAGUGAAUUACAAAUCAAUUGAGAAAGCCCGCGGCAGCGAGACAUAGAGCACACAUCGAAUCCAAUUCAAAAGUGAGGCACUAGGAAGCAAAAAAAAGAGUCCCGUAUGAGUAACAGCGCCAUGGUGGCCGUGGCCAUAUGCUGCAUCCUCGUCCUGCUGGCCGUCUUCAUCGUGAUCAUCAUAGUGGUCGGCCAGACCAUCGAGGAGCCCAAAUGA